UCCCAAAGAGUACCAUAGAGUACCUAGAGGCUAGACUAGAGGUUAUGUUUAGGUGUGUAAUGUGAAUAAUGUUUUGAUUGUACUAAGUAGCAAAGAAAUAUUUUAUUUCUUGUAUAAGCCUUUUAACAAACAACCACAAUGUUGUACGACGACUUUAAGCCGAUCGUGGAUCUCGUUCUUAACAAUUGGACAGCAUUACAGUUAGCUGUAGAACAUGGAAUGGGUGCGCCUGGCGGAGAAAAGACAGCACAACUCAUGUCAGUGUAUGUAGCGAGAUUUUGUGUGGAAAAUAUUGUGGACACAGAUGAAUUAACUGAAGUAUUAGAGGAUUUGAUGGAUGAAGAGUUUGAAACUGUAUGCCAUGAUAACUCUCCAAGAGAGGUUGCAACAUUAUUGCUUACUUUUCUCACUUUAUUAAAGGAUGGUCACCAUGAAGAACUCAGAAAUAGAAUUGAAGCCAUGCCAAAAUGUCAAAAAUGGCUAAGCACACCUAUUCAUGAAUCUGUACCGCCACAGUGCCAUGGCAACCCUGAUGAUGAUACAACUAGUAGUAGUGGUGAAGAUGAACCAGAAAAUGCUAUAAAUAAUGAAAGUGGAUCACAACAGCACAACACAGAACCUGAACCAAUGGAAGAAGAUGUAGACCCAGGAUGGACUGUUGUCAGAACAAGAAGGAAAAAAUGAAUUAUAGAUAUAAGAAGAAAUAUUAUUGUUUAAUCUCAAAUGGAGAUCAUGUAGCAUUUACACUGUAGAUGUUAUUAUGUUUUAGUGUAUUUUUAUUUAUUUUUAAUAAAUGCACUGAUUGUUACAUU